UGCUCCCGGCGCCGCCAGCUCGGCCCGGCGCGGGCAGGCGCGCGCGGCGCAGCCAUGGAGCCGGAGUGCCGGGUGCUUUCCAUCCAGAGCCACGUCGUCCGCGGCUACGUGGGCAACAAGGCAGCCACCUUCCCCCUGCAGGUUUUGGGAUUUGAAGUUGACACGGUGAACUCUGUCCAGUUUUCAAACCACACAGGCUAUGCCCACUGGAAGGGUCAGGUGCUGAAUUCAGAUGAGCUGCAUGAACUCUACGAAGGGCUGAAGCUGAACAAGGUCAACCGCUACGAUUAUGUGCUCACAGGGUAUACAAGAGACACAUCAUUUCUGGCAAUGGUGGUGGAUAUUGUCCAGGAGUUGAAGCAACAGAAUUCCAACCUCGUGUAUGUGUGUGAUCCAGUGAUGGGUGACAAGUGGAAUGGAGAAGGCUCUAUGUAUGUGCCCAAGGAUCUCCUGCCAGUCUACAGGGACAAAGUUGUACCUGUUGCAGACAUAAUCACUCCUAACCAGUUUGAAGCUGAGUUACUCACAGGCAGGAAGAUUUACACAGAAAAAGAUGCACUGGAGGUAAUGGAUAUGCUCCAUGCCAUGGGACCAGAGACUGUGGUGAUCACAAGCUCAGAUCUACAGGCACCUCUGGGAAAUGACUACCUGAUUGCUCUGGGAAGCCACCAAAAAACUAAAGCAGAUGGUACCAGGAUAACACAGAGAAUUCGAGUGGAGUCUCCCAAAGUGGAUGCUGUCUUUGUGGGAACAGGAGACCUGUUUGCUGCUAUGCUUCUGGCAUGGACACACAAGCACCCAAACAAUUUGAAGGUGGCAUGUGAAAAGACUGUGUCAGCCAUGCAGCACGUUCUGCAAAGGACCAUUAAGAGUGCAAAAGUGCAAGCUGGAGAAGGAAACAAACCAAACUCAGCCCAGCUGGAACUGAGAAUGGUCCAAAGCAAAAAGGACAUAGAAAACCCAGAGAUCAUAGUGAAAGCCACCGUGUUAUAAAGGCUCCACGUCUCCAAUAACGCACAAUGUAUCGAUGUCCUCAUUUCUUUCCUGUAAAUUGUAAUAUUUGCCUUAGAUCUGUGACAGAAACCUGACUUUCAUGAAAUAGUGCCCAGCAUAGGCAGAUAUCCACUCUCAAACAUAUGUGCUGGCCUUGCUCAGUUUUAAAUCCAGAACAGUUAGUGUGCAUUGAAGCAUAUUCCCAGGUAUCCCAAUAUCUGUCAGAUUCACUUAGUCUGUCUGAUUACCCAGGGCAAAAGAGCAAUGUUCCUGCCUUGCCAAAGACUGUAGAUGUGAAUUUGCUAAUGGAAUGCUUGACUGACUGGAAAAUGUAUUUCAAGAUGGCAUCUAGUGCCAAUGGAGCUGGCUCCAUGCUCCCUUUUCCUGGAGGUACCUGGUUACCUACCCUGGUAUUCAGUAUCUCAGCUGCUAUGAAACUAAGCAGGGUUAAAGCUACACACACAGUUCUGCUCGUGUGUAGGAGGACUUUGAAGAUGUUUGGCAUGUUCAGUACUCUGAAGUGACCUUGAGGUGUCAUUCAUGUUGCUGAUCUCUGCUCCUGUUUCUUGUCCAUGAACAGCUGCACAGUUUCAGUUGUCACAGGUCCUGGCUGCUUAUUUCUCAUGUCCAUGGGUGCCCACGCGAUUUUCCUCCAAAAGCUGCUCCAGAAGCAUCUUCAUCAACAAGAUCAUGCCUUGAUUCAGUACCACUGGUUAGAAGGGUGGCCUCUGAGGCCAGGUUUGAUUUUAACUAAGGGCAAAAGAGAAAGCAGCUCUUACCCUGGAGUUGGCUGCCUUGGUUUAUUCAUUGUGGGUGGAUGUACUUAAAAACUACAUGAGCACUUCCCUUAACAUUAGUGAGCACUGCUGGCAGCCUCAACAAUGAAGCAAUGUGGCAAAAGUAGCAUUUUUGGUUUAGUAAAUCUGGUCAGUUAAAAGUGUUUACCAAAUGCUGUGAAACAGAAAAAUUAACUUGUUCAUAAAGUCUCUGCAAGCAACACCAAUUAGAGAUUACAGAAAUACAUUAAUAUUUUUAUUAAUAAUGCACAAUUCUGCUUGAUAAGGCAUCAGAAUGGGAUUUUAAAUCAUUUCAGUGUCCUGUGGAUCAUAGCCACAUCCCAAAGCAGCAGGGCAGCUCUGCUGACAGGUGUUGGACACUCGCACUUGUGUAGGAUUUCUGUAUGGGAUCCAUGUUCUUGCUUGUCCCAAGAUAAAGUCUAGUGUGGUGAUCCAGAUCAAGCUGAGGAGCUUUUCUUGUCUCAGACUACAUAAGGGGAUGGAAAUUGAAUUUCUGAUUGAUUUCCUCUCCUGCAUUUGGCAUCAAAAGUGAAAAAAAAAAAUUAUGUUACUUGAGAAUUUAAGGAAAAAAAAAUAGCAGGAAUUUAUCUACAAAAUGAGACUCUACUGCCAGUUUCUAGUAACCACUGUAAUGAAAUAACUUUCUAGCAAUAACUUUGGUGUUGUGCACAGUUGCUAAAAUCAGCAGUCAAUAGCAGAGAUACGAGCUCAUGGCUGCUACCCAACCUGUAAAAAGCUGUGACCUCCCUUGACAGUGUGUGCAAGUGUCUGGAUGGGAAGCAGUGGAGAGGGAAUCAGGCUCUUCCCAGUGGUGCCCAAGGAAGUGAUAAAUAGACAGGAGCACAAACUGAAAUACAGGAAAAUCCAUUUAAACAUUAGGAAAAUGUGAAGGUGGUCAAACACUGGCACAGGUUGCCCAGAGAGGUUGUUGAGUCUCUGUUCUUGGAGAUGCUCAGAUGCUGACUGAACUUGGCCCUGCUUGCUCAGAGGUUGGAGCAGAUCUCCACAGGUCCCUUCCCACCUCAGCCAUUCCAUGAUUCUCUGAGCACAUUGAACAACCUUUCUUUGCAGCUCUGCAGUUCUAAAUUUUGUCCUCCCUGCAACACAAACUUCCAGAUGGGCUGGAAAAUACUAAUAAUAAUUCCCCCCUUUUAAGGUAAGCUGCUGUUUGCUUGGGCAGCUGUGCCAGGAGUACAAUUACCUUUUUUGAGAUGCUUGCUUUCAGCAAAGAUUUUAAAUACUGGAGCUUGUGAUAUGUUUCAGCAGUUGAACAUGAAAAGGAUUUUAACUGUUUCUAACAUUGAUUAACCAAGUGCUGCAUGCCAUAUUCCAAACAUUACUGUGAGUUUAUUAAUCUUUUAAAAUUUAAUUUAAAAUUUCAUGUGGAAGUGUAUAAUCCCUGCUAUCCUCUUAGGAAGGAGAGAUCAACAUCCUGAACUUCCUUGCCUGUACAGACAAUGGUCAAUGCCCUUUUAGUGAGGCAGCACAAUUUUAUUUUGCCAUUAGAAUAAACAGACUUCACAAAGGACUGAGAGCAAGGCAAGGGCUGUUUUCUCUGAAAUAAAGAAGCUUGGAAUUUGGGAAGCUUGGAGCUACCUUGCAAAGAUUUUAAUUAUAAACCAUGAUGAGCUGUGAUCUUGACAUGAGAUACAAAGUGAUAUGUUUGUUGGAGCAGUUUACACCUGUCAGGUGUAAUCUUUUCUCAUUUCAUAGAGAAUGGAUCUGUUCAGUAAUUCACACCUUCCUCAGAAUCUGUGACAUACCCAUGUUAAAAAAAAAAAAAAAAAGAAUAUUCAUACUAAUGUGCUCAAUUUGCAGAAGUUCUGUUUCACAGUAGCUGGAUCCUGUAGCAAUGGGCUGCUGCUUCCUCUGCUUGAGUCCCUGAGGGUUGCUCAUGUGAUACCUGUUCUAAACUCCCACUGACCUGGUCUAAAUUAGGUCAGGUUUAUAUCUUCAGUGAAGAAUUGGCUUAACAUCUCUUGCCAGGAACAAACAUCAGAAAUGAUCUGUAAAUAUAUUCUGUAGCUAAUGUUUUGUAGCCACAGCAGGCUAACAGGUAUUUUUGAAUGUCAAGGUACACAUUUUUAUUUGUUUAGAGUUACACAAAGCUCAUGUGCAGAACAAAAUUCAAAGACUCAGCACAGUCCUGUGUAAUAUUCCAUUCCCUCCUCUCCUGCAUAUUAUACCUGUAUCUUUCCCUGAGUUCCUGCUGUCUGUCUCAUGGAGCUGUCUCAGUGCUAGACAGUGCCCACUGUUCAUUUAGGGGCUUGAAGGAGACUGACCAGCAUUGUCUGAUUCACUUGCAAACCUCUAGUUAAAGAUAAAAGGUUAAUCUCAACUAGCCUAGGUCCUGAUUGAUGGCAGGAGAACAAGCACUUUAGCCCAGAGAGGGAGUCUGUAAUGAUGGAUAAUCUUCCCUGGCCAUCCUGGGAGCAUGGAAGGUGUGACCCUGCUGGGCACUGGUGGCUUCAGUGCCACCUGUGUGAGCUCAGAGGCACAGGAGGCUUUUCCUGGCAGCACAUGGAGCUGUGGGAGAGGAGAAUGCUUUGUGUUUGUGUCCACUCAACUGCCCUCACAUUCUUUCUCCCUUCUGGAGUGAAUUUGUGUCAGGUCCCCUCUUCCUGGAGUGAUUUGCAGUGCCUGUGGCCACUGCUCAAGUCCACCCACUCGUUUUUGGAGCCACCUGUGCAGGAGAGACCAAAAGUUGUUUACAAACCAUGAACUCUGGGCCUGGAUUAGUCUCUACAUGCUGAGAAUUGAGAUGUGCAUAAUGACAUUGUGCUAAAAUCAGUGCUACUCACACUCAAUAGAAACACUUCAGAAACCUGCAGUAUGAAUUGUUGAUGUCUGUGGGCUGAUUUUUAUCUCAGAUGGGGAGAAAUCCAUAAUCCAUGUGUUACACAAAAGAAUUGGAGGACCAAGGUUUCCAGCUACUCAUACUGCCUUUUGAGUAUCUUAACUGUGUCUUGAUUGGAUGGUGUUAAUCUGUUGUCUGAGACUGUUAUGGUGAUUGUAUUGAUUAAUUUUAUUUUAAAAUAUGUGGCAAGGAAGAUUGUAAUAAAAGCAUCUACCUUUAUUAUACUGUGCACACACAAAUUGUUUAGAUCCUAUUUUUAAAUAUGUUAAUCAUUUCAGAAUUAAACAGCACAAGAAUGGUUUGAUAGUCUUGCUGAAUAAAGUGGAUGCAAUUAAAUGUUUCCUUAGUUAUGUCCUAGGGUAGAGAAAGGGUAGUUAAUGGAAGAGAGCACAUUUGUGCCCUUUAAUCAUCUUACUGUAAGAUGUGGAUGUGGAAGUAACAUCCUCAUUGUUUUAAUUUAUUUUCCUAAGAGGUUUCAUGGGAAGAAAAUCUCUGGCAUUCUGCAGCACUCCCUUGCAUUCCUCUUACUUGUGUGUGUAGGACCUCGUUGUGUUGUGCUCUUUUUUCCUGCAGACAAGGUGAGAAGAGGGGCUUGGAGUAAGAACCAUAACUCAUUUUGAGAUCUCGUCCUUGUGCAGCAUUUAACUGCACUCCACUCACUGAAUUUUCACCUUCACUGUGUAGGGUAGAGCACACAGGGCUGUAGAGUGGGAAACAAAUGUUCCUCCUGUGGGAACAGGAGCUUCUGCCAGCACUCAGCAGUGUCCCUGCCAGCCUGGUGGUUUGCAGGAGGAGCAGAGCAGGGAUCCAGGUUAAGGAGAGCAGGAGGUGCUGUGUCAUUCCAUUUGUGUCCUGCAGAGGUUUGGUUUCUAUUUAUACUGGAGAAAAAAAAAACACCUCUUCCAAGUAAAGGUUCUUGUCCAGGUGAAGAAUGCUUUUAAAAGCUGAGACAUGUUACAAAUUUUAGUCACUCUGGUACAAAUUCUGGUCAUUCUGGUACUAAAAUAUUUCUUCAUAAAGAGAGACACAUCCCUUUUACAUCCCCUUGCUGCUGUACUGGCUUAUUGGCUGUAGUCAUUGUAAAUGCCAGGAUUAGAUACCCAGAGAGCUGUUCUUCCUGCAAGCACAUGUUCUCCAUGUUCCUGGUAAGUGAGAGCCUGCUGAGCAGCUCUGCAGCUUUCUGCACCACCUCCAUUGGAGACUUGUCAGCCAUGGAAACUGAGCUUCGACAUGUUCCAUCACCGCCCAAAAAUAGCUCUUUGAAAGAAAUGGAAACUCUUGAAGGUCCAUUAUUGUCAAUAAACGAGUUUAUUACAAACCAGUGAGUUUGUCCAUGCAUGCAGGAGCAGAUUUCAGGUACAUCCCCAAGGUUCAGUCACCCAGUGCAGGAGUGUGCCCUGAGCAAGGGCUGCUGCUGUCAGGGCUCUGCUCAGGAGAGACCCAGCCAGCCCUCAGCAUUCCCCAGAAGGGAGGAAUGUGGUGUGGCAUCCAACAGCCAGGGAAAGCUCCCAUCUGCUUCACCAGGAACCCAGUGCCAGGUGACAGCCCCAGUGCCACCAGUUUGGUGCUUUUGCUGCUUUUGAGGCAGGUGGGAUGCUCCUAAAUGUGCACCCAUUCCUGAUCAGUGCCUCCACAAAUAAUGGUAAUAAAUCCCAGUGAAUAAGGCAGCACAUUAUUCAGAGAGAGAGAAAACCAGCAAUAUGAGAAGGCUGUGCCAUAUGUUACCACUGAAAUCACACUUACCUAUUGCCCUCGUGGUUGCAUUGCUGUUUAGAAAAAAAAUCUGUGUGUAGAAGAGUGUAAUUUAUGUACUCUGUGUGUGUGUGUGUGUAUGUUGAAGCUUUAUUUGCAAUGUGGUAGGGGUGGGAAGCAGAAUUUGGGGGGCUGGCUGAGUAGGCCUUCAGGAUGUGAGCAGAAGGUCUUAAAGAAUUAUAUUUUUAUAGAUUGUGCUGAAGCUUUGGGUCCCAGCCACACAUAGCCUUUUCUUCCAGAGAAGUAAAAUGGUUUGGAAAGAGAGUCAGGUGGCUGUAAUAUAGUAGGGAUAGUACAACCCCACCAGCCCUGGACAAACUGAAUAACUUAAUAAAAGAUGCCUUUUUAAGUCAUAUUUUUUUAGUGCUGAAUUGUUAAACAAAGAAAUAUUUAUGAGCAAACUUUAUAUGUAAUUAAAAUUUGUGUGGUGCUUUGUACUGACUAGGUGGACCUGUUAUCUGUUUACACAAAUUAUUGUCCUUGAGGUGUGUGUAGUAAUUCAACAACUUCUGUGCCAGAAAAACAAUGAAUUUCUGUGUAUUAGCAAAUGAUUUAAUUUCUGAUGAAACUGUAGGCUUUCUAGUGUUUGUGUAUUUUUCUGGUUGGCCAUUACAAGUUGUAUCCUUCCUGCAGUAAGGCUUCUACCUUGUAGAGAGAGGCAAUAGGAUGGUAGAUAACCAUUGUUCAAAAAGAAAACCCUAAAUAUUGCUACCUUAUCCAGUUUAAAAUCAGGUAAGCUUUGUGACAUAAGCCUGGAAUUUUGCACUGGAAAGAAGUUUCAAGUACAACUAAGUUAGAUUAAAAAUUGGGGAUGGGUUUGUUUAUUUAAUUAAAUAAAACAGGGAGGUCUUAAAAGUGCUUAAUAGCAACAUGGACAAGCCAAGAGAUGGGAAAAAGAUGGGGAAAAAUUGUUUUUUCCAUUGUAUGGAGCUGACCAAGCUAAUUCACAGCUUGUGCUAAACCUGUGCACAGACUGCUGAACAGACAAAGAUUUUUUUCCCUUGUAGUUUGUCACCUGUAAUAGCAUGAAGAAUUUCAGUUGUUUGUGCCGAAUUCAAAUUCAUAAAUACCUUUCAGGAGAGCUGAGUUGCUGAUAAAAUCCCAUUCAGUCAAAAGGCAAAGCUGCUCACAGGGUUCAAACCAGAGCAGGGUGUUUUCAUCUUGCUGAGCAUAGUGAGUCUUUGUUUGUUAUGGCUGGGAGACCAGGGCUAAAGCACAACAGUCCAGGUUCAUUGUUUUGGUUGAACUUCAGGGUGUUUGUAAAAACCACAAGGGUCUGCAUCAUAAAGGAGUUUUUGGAGCAUUGUCCUGUGAUAAAUGUCAUUACCUACCAGAGCAGUUGGAGAUUUGGAAAAACUGAGCAUCACUUAUGUCCCUUUUAAUUUAACAUGGCAGCAGCCUCAUCACUCUUGUGAAUGAAUCACCACUGCAAAAAUAGAGGAGAAUUUAUCCUGAGUUGUUCUCCCGAGAGUUCCCAAUUUCUGAAUGUGUUAAAAAAGAAGCACUUCUGCUUUGCAAAGUUAGCAGUGGAAAUGUCACUGGAAUGAAUAAUUGAUGCUGAGGAGGGAGGCAGUGGCAGGGAACAGCAGUGCUGGGGGUUUGUUGUGCCUGCCUUUCCUCCCCUGGGGAUCUGUGGGUGCAGCAUCCCCGUGGUGGUGGCACAGGGGCUGUUUUGCCUGCAUCCUCCUCUGGGGGAAUGUGGAGGAGUUGCUCUGAGCUGAGGGUGGUGUGGAGCUGCUGGGUUUGUGGGGCAGGGCUGUCCCAAGGCUGUGGUUCAGCACAGCUCUUGUGCACCCCAAAGCUCCUGGUGUGCAGCCCCCAGCUCUCUGGCCGUGGCGUAAUUCCCUUAAAUUUCUCCUGCAGGCCAUGGAGAACCAAGAGACUCUGGCAGUGCAUUAUCCAGAUGAUUCAGGCUUGGCUUUUGUGCUUUUGGAAAGAAAGGUAGAGAAUUAUCAGCUGCUGUGGUAGAUCUAACUUGUCCAUCUCAGCUUACACCACAAAACUGUGCCCAAACCUUCCUCUCCCAUCAUCUCUGCUGGCCCUGAUUUACCUGUCCCCAUAACAAGGGACAUGAAGGAGCUAAAAUCAAUGGGAAUUCAUGCAGUCAAAACUCCUGAAGUUUGAAUCUUUAGUUCCCUUAACCUCCUCAUGCUGGGAACAGAUGAGUGCCCAUGCUAGAGAGGGUCUGGGACAAUGCAGCUGCUCUAAAGGAGGGAGACUGGAGUUGCCUCUCCCUGGCAGUGAGGUGCUGGCUGAGCACUAAUUACAGAGCUGCAUGGUUAAUGGUAAAGAAAAGAAAUCUUUGUGAGCAAAGCACUUAAAGGAAGAGCUAGAGAUGCAGUAAUCAGAGUUUGGUGUUCUCAAUCCAUCCCAUCCUCUGUGUAGCAAAAAUAUUAUAGUACUGAAAAAAUUGGUGUGGCUGUUCUUAAUGAUCUGUGUGGUGCUUGUGCCUAUCAGAGCAGGAAAUAGCACUGAAUAAAUCAGUGCUCUAAAUAGGGAAUGUAAUGGGGAGAUCCAGGUGGAGAAAAUGUCCAGUUUGUUUUUAUAGCACUUGCAUGGUGUCAGAGUUGUCCAGGUCGGGCUCUUUUCCUUCCCACCCCCUUUAAGCAAGGAAAAAAUUACAUCAAUAAAUCUAUAAAUAAAUAAGGACAGUUACCUGAGAAUUUAUGUGGCAUUAGCAUUAACUUUCAUUGACAGAUUGAUAAGAAUUUCCACCCCAGAGGUCUGUAGUUCACGGGGGCCUUCAGAGGUGUGAUGGAGCCUGUCACAGCUGGCUUGGAGCACAGUCCUUGGGACACAGCUGUGACAGAUGGCAUUGGGAUGCCACCUGCAGGCUCUCCUGCCCUGCAUUUGGUACAGCACCUGUGUUCACAUGCCUGACAGGUGCUGGGUGUGAAUUCAUGCCUUGGCAGGGAGGAAACUUGGCUUGCUGCUGGAGCUGCAGUGAUGGGAGGAAUCCCUGGAGAAUUCAGCACCAUCCAGAGAUCCUGGAUUUGCUGUCAGUGGUUGUUGGUGCAAUGAAUCCCCUUUCAGUGAUGUUUUCUUGCUGGGAGGUGGGGAUUGGCAGCCCAUAUUCUGCUUUAACAUGCUUUUAUCUGGCUGAAUGUGGAAAACUAAACAAGAUUGUUAAAAAUGGAGGGGAGGGGUAGCUAUGAAUUUGCCUAGGACUAUGUGAGUAGAGAAUAUGAGAUUUGUCUCUAAUUCAGAAAUAAUUCAGUAUUGACCAAAUGAGUGCCGUGUCUCCAAUGGGCAGUAGCACUGGAAGAGGCCAAUAUUUAGGGUUUUUGCCCAAAGCACAUUUAGCCCUGCUCUACUGUUUAGUGAAAACACCCAGUGCAGAUGCCACCAGAGCCUCAUCUCAUGGAGUAACGCUGUAAUAAAGAAUGUGGUUUUCUUGUGCAAGUCUUGACCUCUUCUUAUGAAAAUAACACAGAACUCAGUAUUUUCAUGGUGUAUAAGUGAAAUGUAACCUUUUUUUUCAAUAAAAUACAUUUCCUUUCCUAAA